AAAGUAGUAAACAGUACGGUGCGAAUCGAGCUAUCGUCGACGUCGAAGCUGUCAAACAUGGCGAGAGUGUCGAUCUUGAAUGCUGGUCAAAAAUGUGAAUAGAAGGUUCGCGUUACAGUGAGAUUCGUGAAUCUCGUGUAUUCUCGUCGUCGGCAGAAGCCGGCGAGAGAUGCGAUCGGGAGUUAGACUGUCAAACCGAAAGUGAAUGUGCCGAGUGAACGGCCCCGGCAGUUUUGCGGCCGGGAUUAAUCUAAGGGCAUGCCAAUUCGGAAACUAUGGGUGCUCAACAGACUAAGGAAAGAAUUGUUCCUGUCGGCUCUGCUGCGCGACAAACACGCAAACAGCCAAGAAACCUCAAAGAGUCCCGUCUUGUUGGCUCUAAUAUAUUUACGGAGCAUAGCGAAGCUCUUUUACAAAGCAGACCGCUACCUCACAUUCCGGCAUUACCAGAUGGUGAUCCUCCAAAUGGAUCCGGUAUUCAACCAAUUUCACAACAAAUGAAUAUUCAACAACAUACUGGAGUUUCUUCUGCUGGGCUCUUGGAGGCUGCAAAUAGAUGGACUAGUAAAGAAAAUCUAUUAGCACAAGAAGAAGAUGAUCCCCAAUUAUUUGUUGCUCUAUAUGAUUUCCAAGCAGGCGGAGAGAAUCAACUAAGUCUUAAAAAAGGAGAACAAGUUCGUAUUUUAAGUUAUAAUAAGAGUGGAGAAUGGUGCGAAGCUCAUUCAAGUACUGGUCAAGUAGGAUGGGUUCCUUCAAAUUAUGUCACACCAGUAAAUUCACUUGAGAAACAUUCUUGGUAUCAUGGAAGGAUAUGUAGGAAUGCUGCUGAAUAUUUAUUAAGUUCUGGUAUAAAUGGUAGCUUUUUAGUUCGUGAAUCAGAAAGCAGUCCAGGUCAACGCAGUAUUUCUCUACGAUAUGAGGGUAGAGUAUACCACUACAGAAUUAAUGAAGAUAGUGAAGGAAAGAUGUUUGUUACAACUGAAAGUAAAUUUAACACUCUGGCAGAAUUAGUACAUCAUCAUUCAAUGCUUGCUGAUGGUUUAAUUACACAAUUACUUUAUCCUGCACCAAAGCACAAUAAGCCUACUGUUUUUCCUCUUAGUCCAGAACCUGAUGAAUGGGAAAUUAAUAGAACAGAUAUUGUUAUGAGACAUAAAUUAGGUGGUGGACAAUAUGGAGAUGUUUAUGAAGCUGUAUGGAAGAGAUACAAUAUGACUGUAGCAGUAAAAACAUUAAAAGAGGACACAAUGGCUCUAAAAGAUUUUCUGGAGGAAGCAGCAAUUAUGAAGGAAAUGAAGCAUAGAAAUUUAGUUCAGUUAUUAGGUGUAUGUACUCGAGAACCACCUUUUUACAUUAUUACAGAAUUCAUGAGCAAAGGAAAUCUAUUAGACUACUUACGAAAUGAGAGCAAACAUCAAAUCAAUGCUGUUGUUUUGAUGCAUAUGGCUACACAAAUCGCCAGUGGAAUGAGUUAUUUGGAAAGCAGAAAUUUCAUUCAUAGAGAUUUAGCGGCUCGAAACUGCCUAGUGGGUGAAAAUCAUCUGGUAAAGGUCGCGGACUUCGGCUUGGCUCGGUUGAUGAGAGAUGAUACGUACACGGCUCAUGCUGGAGCGAAAUUCCCUAUAAAAUGGACUGCUCCAGAAGGAUUAGCAUAUAAUAAAUUUUCUACAAAGUCUGAUGUAUGGGCAUUUGGAAUUUUACUUUGGGAAAUAGCAACAUAUGGAAUGUCCCCUUAUCCUGGUGUCGAUUUGACAGAUGUGUAUCAUAUGUUGGAAAAAGGUUACAGAAUGGAAUGUCCUCCUGGGUGUCCACCAAAAGUAUAUGAAUUGAUGCGCCAAUGUUGGCAAUGGUCUGCUGCUGAUAGGCCAACUUUUAAAGAAAUUCAUCAUUCUCUCGAAAAUAUGUUUCAAGAAUCUAGUAUUACGGAAGAAGUUGAAAAGCAGUUACAAGGAGGAGGAGAAAUUCCCUUACUUUCAUAUAAAAAAUCUCAAACUGGUAGUACUGGUAAUAUUCAUGGACUUGUUUUAGUUUCUGAGCCAUUACCUCCCUCAGAUACUACCAGUUCAGUAACGAAACUGAGUACAUUCACAGGUGGUUUAUCAAGCAAGAACAAUAGUAGUAUCGUACAAAUGAGACGUUCUACAAAUAAAAAAGGAAAACAAGCUCCAGCUCCUCCAAAACGAACGAGCUUGCUGUCGUCGUGCAGUUCGUUCCGCGAUUCUGCCUAUCAAGAGCAAGAUACUCAAAAUACUGAAACAAACACCAUGACUCUCGACGAUGCCACGGAUCUAAAUGGUAUUGAUAAGAUUCUCGAAGGUAUUGCGCGAGAUCUCGCGACGAUGGCUCAAGGAACGAUUGCUACAGGAGGCUGUGAAAUCGAGGAGGAUGGAGAGGGUUCUCAGGGUACGGCGGAACCAAAUUUUAUCUCUCAACCUUCAACAUCUCCGGAACCUAUACCUGGCUUGACCUGUUCUCAAAAACAAAUUAAACCGAGACCUUAUCCAUCAAAAGAACCACUACCGCAAAAAUUAGUACAAGUGGGUGCAUUAGAAGUACAGAACGUGAAAAGAGCCAUUAAUCGUUAUGGAACAUUACCAAAAGGUGCUAGAAUUGGCGCAUAUUUAGAAUCUUUGCGUCAAAGUGGUAUGCCAUCAAAUCAAGAAUCUACAACAGCUUCAUCCAUAACAUCUGGUACAAUGGAACAACAUGAAACUAUCGAUAGUUCUCAACAUAGAUCUCUUUCCCCUCGUCAAAAUAAUUUACGAAGUCAACCUCAAAUGACUCGUAGUAAUUCUUCAAGCGGUGUUGUUAAUACUUAUCAGCCUCCAAAUUCUCCUCGUGGUCGAGUAGUAACUGUAAGAAAGAAUAAUCAAUCUGAUGGCGUUGGUUUAAGAACUUUUCGGGUUUCGAGUAAUUCUAAUUUUCGUACUGCAAGUCCCUCGAGAUCUGUUCAACCAUCAUUAGCUGAUUUGGAAUUUCCUCCUCCACCUGCAGAUUUGCCUCCUCCACCAGAUGAAAUUUUUUCCAGUCAAGAACAAACUGAACUUCCACCUCCUAUUUCUUGCAGUGAAAUUUCUCAAAUAAGAAAUUCUCCUUUAUCUAUAAGAAAAGCAAAGAGUACAGAUUGGCGUGCGAAAGAGGAUGAAAAUGAACAAGAAGACAGAAAUGAUGUUAGUAAUGCAGAGCCCUCUGUAAAAGAAGCCUGUUCGAGGUUUGGAGUUAAUUUAAGACGCAGAGAAACUCAAGAUAGCUCAUGUAGAACUAUCGAUAAUAAAAGGACAGGUUUUAAAUCCAGAAUAGAUACCAUUGAACCUGCUGCACCACCAGAAGAAGCACCUCCUCCUCCUCCGCCGCCUCCACCCCCAGUUUCAAAUUCACCUCCUGAUAGUUUUGAACGUAAACCUGGAAUGAAGGAAAUGUUAGAACUAAAAUUGAUAAAUGAAAUAAAGCAGAGUGCAGAAACAAAACAUGGUACAACUACGAAAAAAACUGUAACAAGUAGUACUCCAUCUGCUCUUUUGGAUCCUGCUUCACAAUUACUUUCAGAACUUUGUGCUAGUUUUAAUAUGGAUACAGGACAAAGACAUGCUCAAAAUGAGUAUGCUGUAUCAACUUUAAAAACUAAUGAAACAAAUCAAGAUCAACAGCAUCAUCCUUACAAAGAUUCAUCCAUAUCUUCUUCAACAACUGAAUCUAUACUUUCUGGUGGAAAUGUCGGUUUUAAAUUGAAAAGAGUAGACAAACGAAAUAAUCCACAAAAAGAAGAGACAUCUGAUGGACAAAUAAUUGAUUUCAAAGCCAGACUUCGAAAAGUUGAGAAUGCAGAAAAAGAAAGAUCCUUAGAAGAGAAAAGUACUAUUACUGAACAAUCUUCAGAAUCAGAAGAGCAACAAGAUGAUAAACGUAGAAGUACUGGUAGUAUUAGUAGUUUAAAAAAACUUUGGGAAAAUAAAGAAUCUUGUGAUAGUCAACCUCACAGUCCAAAACUUAGUGUUAGGGGAAAUAGUGGUAAACAAGAAACCCUUGACCAAACAGAAGAUUCUCCUGAAGAUCAUAGUGGAGCUUCAACUCGUAGUCAGAGCUCUGGUAGUAAAAGUGAUACUAGACUAUGGCCACCAACUGAACCAGAAAAACCAGUGGUUCCUGCAAAACCACUAAAACCAUUAUCUUCUUCGACUAAACAUUUUGGUUCUUCAAUAUAUGCAACACCGAAUUGUACGAAAUCUCAACAUGCAGAAGAUGAUUUAAGUAAACAGAAUACAGAUUCAAGAACCGCAAAACAGAUUGUAUUGGAGCUUUCAACAUUAAUUGAAAACAGCGUAUUAAAUUUGAAAAGUAGCUCAACGAUAGUAAUGACUAGCUGGUUGCAGCUUUCAGACAAGGUAGGGUUGUUACACGGAAUGUGCGCUAAUCUUGCAGAUAGUGGUAUUGCUCCACAUGCGCGGUUUCAAUUUCGCGAGCUUCUUGCAAGGUUAGAGCUUCAGGCACGACAGCUUCGUGCAGCUGGCACUCGAAAUGUUACGGAGAAUACAAGACUUCUCACUGAUCUUCAAAAUACGAUAAAAGAUGUUGUCAAUACCGUGCAAAGAUAAAUUAGAGAAAUUAACAUCGUUUUCUCUGUCUCCACCCUUGUUCUCAUCCUCAUUUGAAUCUGACACAAUUUAUAAUUUCAUAUCUGUUACUCAGUAUGUUUAAAACUUUACAAAUUUUUUUCGAAUUCUCAAAUUUUAUUCUUUUGAAUUUUUCUGUUGAAUUAAGCAAUUUUAUAAUCUUUAUCUAAUUUAAAUUGGUAAUGAAGUUUUUAUAAAUUUUGAUUAUAAUGAUUUUCCUGAUAAUGACUUACAAUUUUGUUCCUGGAGAAAUACUCGAAGCCAAGAAUAUUUAAGAAGAAGGCCUCAAGUCGAACACGGCCUUAGUUAAAUACUGUUUAAUGGGAAAGUAAUAAAAAAAAUCUAAAAUUUAAAUAUUGAAUGAAAAAAAAAGUAUAUUUCAAUUUUCAUCAAAACAUCUUUUAAUAUAGACUGCGAUUAGCUAUUUUCGUUCAGAUUUUAAAAUAUUAUUAUAAUAAAAGUAUUAUUUUUUUGAUAUUAAGAAAAAAAGACCAUAUAGUAUAUAAAUAUAAUUCAUUUAUAUUUUUUAUGUAUUGAGUUUCGCAAAAAAAAAAGAAAAAAAAGAAAAAAAAAUAUUGUCAAAAGCAAAAUGAGUCUAAAAAUAUAAUUAAGCAAGGAUCAAAUAUAUUCUGGUUCCUUAAAUUUUUUUAAUAAUAAUUUUAUAAUGAUAAAAAAAGGACGAGUAAUCGCAGUUUAUUAAAAUAACAAGAUAUAUAUUUACUUUAUAAAUGAUAGACAUAGAAAAAAAUACUUUUUGUAUACUGAGCAUUUGAUUCUUUUUUGUAAAUUAAUUAUGAUUACUUUAACGUCGAUCCAAUAUGUAUUCUGUAUAAGUGAAGUUCUAAGUAAAUCAUACUCGUCCGCUAUACGAUAAAUGUGGUGAUUAUAGUUGUCGAGUAAAAUGUCUCGGUGUUCUUUCAUCGAACUUUUUUGCGCCGUGCUUCGUAAUAUCGUAUGCAAAGUUUUAGGCUAGAUUAUACAUCGUAAGUGCGAAAACUUUUAAAUGAGUAAGCCAUUUUAAUGCGUGAGAGAAUGUAACAACUUUUGUAUUUGUAUAGAAUAAGUCGAAUAACAGAUAUGCUUAAUAAUACAGUAAAACUUUGAUUAAAGAAAUUAAUCAGAAGUCCUUUUAAACUGAUGAACUUUAUGAUUAAUCAAUUUUCAUUCAUUUUUUUUAUUUAAUAAUAUUUUUUAAUUUCGUUUUUAAUCCAUUUAAUAUAUUAUUUUAAUCAUCACAUUUUUUAAAAUAUUUGAUAUUUGUAUAUAUAUUUAUUUGAGAUAAUUAAAGUUAAACAAAUAUAUAUAUAUAUAUAUAUAUAUAUUUUGUUUUGUUUUAAUUAUCACGAAUUUAUUUUAAAUAAAAACAAUUGUUCAAAGCAUAUUUUAUUAUAAUAUGUAUUUUAAAUAUUAAAGUUACAAAUUUAAUAUUUGAUAAUUUAAAAUAAUAAUUAUAUUAAUAUUGAAUAAUCGAAAGUUCGAUUAGUAUUAUAUCAAUAAUCAAAAAUAAGAUUUGUAUAUGAAAUAAUAAUAUAUAUCAAGGUUUUACUGUAUGUAUUUGUGUAAAUCAGCGGGUGUAAUUAAUCAAAGUUCUAAAUUUUUUGUUGUUUGCAUAUUAUGUAGAUGUUCUUCCACAGAGUGCUAGUAGAAAACAAAGACUCCGGAUAUUUUUUAAAAAAUUUAAAAAAAAGUAAUUAUAUUAAAAAGUAAAUUAAUUUCAUAAAUUUAAAUUUAAUUUUAAAUUAAUUCCAUUUACUUUAAAUAGAAAUUACUAAUAUUAAUAAUAUUAAAUUAAUAAUAUCGUAAAGGAGAGAUAUAUAGAUAUUCAAUCUUUAAAUGAAAAAAUUAAUACUUGUUUUAUUUUAUUUAUUGUUUUUCUAUAAUCCAUAUAAUUCAUAUAAUUAUAUUCUAAUUAAUUAAUUAUGAAUCAUUAAAUCAUUAAAUUAAAUAUACAGAUCAGGUUCAAAUUGCAUUUACUAUUGUGGCAGUAUUUUUAACUUUUAAAUUAUAUAAUUUCAUUAUUUUUACAUUAAAAUUAAUAGUGUUAUUCUAAUAGUUCUAAAAGUGUUAUUUCUAAUUUUUUUUUUUUUUUUUUUGGAAGUCUUCCACUAAAGUUUCCGGAGUCUGAAUUUAUUUUUUAUUUGAUUAAAAUAAGAAAUAUGCAACGAGAACAAAAAUUUUUCGAUUUCGAUACCAAUCAAGCCGUUUUCUCUUAUAACACUGCCUAUAUAUGGCUACUAAAAUACAUCGAUCGACAACUUUUGUUAUUCUAUGAUUCGAAAUUUUUAUUUUUCGAUUUGAUCCCAAUCAUUUCGAUUCUUAUUUUUUUUCUUUUUCUUUUUCUUGCAUCAUUUAUACCUGUGAUACACCGAUCGACUUAUCUUUUAUCUUCAAUAAAAACGCGAGAAAGAGAGGGAGAGAGAGGGUGGGAGGGAAAGAAAGACGAGUGAUCGUACGAACGAAUCUGUUUGAGAAGUUUUAAAUGUAUAAAUUUUUAAUUGGAAUUUAAAUCAAUUCUUAGUUUAUUAAAACAAAAUAUAAGAUCGAAACAUAAUAAAAUGUUAUUUGUAAAUACAUAUUUAUUUAAAAAAAUUAUAUAAAAAAAUCACACAUAACUUAAUAAUUCAAAUUUUAUAUUUUUAAUAAUUUUUAAUUUUUAAGCUCAAAUAUAUUUUAAAGCAAUUUUUAAUUUUUAUUGUAAUCAUGUAUUAUAAGAAUCGUUUUGUCUAUUACAGAAUAAAUUUUCAUAUCAUUAAUACAUUUUAAUUAUAUAAUUUUGUUUAUUCAAUCAUUCUAAUCAUUCUAAUCACAAGUUAUGUUAAUUAAUAAGAAAUAAAAUAUAAAUAAACAAUGUUAUGUGUGAUUUUUUUUAAAUUUGAGUAAUUAAAGACAAUAUUUAUAGACCAUCUUAAGAAAUAUUAUAAACUAUAUAUUGAUAAAUUGAUUUUGCUUAAAAAAUUAUAUAUUUAGAACUUCUUGGAAUCUUAUUAAUCAUUGAAUAUUUAAGUUGAUGAGCCGUCAAAAGAUAUAAAAUCGAUGUUUUAUACAAUAUGUAUCAUAGUAAUGUUUAUGUCUAAGUAUUUAUAUCUAUAUUUAUUUUUAGUUUCUUCUCGUGUAAAGUUAUUCCUAAAUGAUCGACCAACGUACUGAUUCACUAAUACGAAAAUUUUAAUAUCGCUUUAUACAUUGAUAUAAGACCGACGAUAGAAAUAAAAAGAAAUAUUGAAUCAAAAA